AUGCCUUCCCAUUUCGAUACUAUCCAAUUACACGCUGGUCAAGAAAACCCAGACGACAAUGCCAACAGACCAAGGGCUGUUCCAAUUUAUGCCACCACUUCAUAUGUCUUCAAUGACUCGGAACAUGGUUCCAAUUUGUUUGGUUUAAAAGUACCAGGUUACGUUUACUCUCGUUUCCAAAACCCAACUCAAAAUGUCUUGGAAGAAAGAAUGGCAGCUUUGGAAGGUGGUGUUGCAGCUGUAGCUGUCGCUUCUGGUCAAGCUGCUCAAACUUUAGCCAUUUGUGGGUUAGCUCAUUCCGGUGAUAACAUUAUCUCCACCUCUUUCUUAUACGGUGGUACUUACAAUCAAUUCAAAGUCGCCUUCAAGAGAUUGGGUAUUGAAGCUAGAUUUGUCACUGGUGACAAUCCAGAUGAUUUUGAAAAAUUGAUCGAUGACAAAACUAAGGCAGUGUACUUAGAAUCUAUCGGUAAUCCAAAAUAUAAUGUCCCUGAUUUCGAAAAAAUUGUUGAAAUAGCUCACAAACAUGGUGUUCCAGUCGUCGUUGAUAACACUUUCGGUGCAGGUGGUUUCUUCUGUCAACCAAUUAAGUACGGUGCUGAUAUUGUCACACAUUCAGCUACUAAAUGGAUUGGUGGUCACGGUACUACUAUCGCUGGUAUGAUCGUUGAUUCCGGUAAGUUCCCAUGGGCUGAUUAUCCAGAAAAGUUCCCACAAUUUUCUAAACCUGCUGAAGGUUACCACGGUACCAUUUUCAAUGAAGCUUACGGUAACUUGGCUUACAUUGUUCACGUUAGAGUUGAGUUAUUAAGAGAUUUAGGUCCAGCUAUUAGUCCAUUCGCUGCCUUCUUGUUAAUACAAGGUAUUGAAACUUUAUCUCUUAGAGGUGAAAGACAUGGUCAAAAUGCUUUGAAAUUAGCUCAAUGGUUAGAACAAUCUCCAUACGUCUCAUGGGUUUCCUAUCCUGGUUUACCAUCUCAUCCUUACCAUGAAAACGCUAAGAAAUACUUGUCUAAUGGUUUUGGGGGUGUCUUAUCCUUCGGUGUUAAAGAUAUUCCAGGUCAAACUAAAGAAGAAUUGGCUGCGAAACCAUUCAGUGCCUCUGGUGCUCAAGUUGUUGACAGCUUGAAAUUAGCUUCUAACUUGGCUAACGUUGGUGAUUCCAAGACUUUGGUUAUUGCUCCAUAUUUCACUACCCAUGAACAAUUGGACGAUGAUGAAAAAUUAUUAUCCGGUGUUACCAAGGAUUUAAUUCGUGUUUCUGUCGGUACUGAAUUUAUUGAUGAUAUUAUUGCUGAUUUCCAACAAUCUUUCGAAAAGGUUUUUGCUGGUAAGAAGCUAUAA